GUUCAGUUUCCGGUUUUGUAACACUGGCAACGCGUGAGUUAUGAAAGAGGAGUUUUUCAAUACACAUUGUACCGAACCAGCGUCUGUUUGACUCCUUUACGCCACAAUCAAGGUAUGGCUCAUAUAUGCAUUCAUUGGUUCCGUAAGGGACUCAGGCUGCAUGACAACCCAGCACUGAUAGCAGCUCUGAGGGACUGUAAGGAGCUCUACCCUGUGUUCAUCCUCGACCCAUACCUCCAUAACAAGACUUCUGUGGGCAUAAACCGCUGGAGAUUCCUUAUUGGAGCCCUCAAAGACCUGGACUGCAGCCUCAGGAAGCUCAACUCCAGGCUGUUUGUUUUGAGGGGGAAGCCUGAGGAUGUGUUCCCAAAGCUGUUCAACCAAUGGAAAGUAACAAAGAUGACCUACGAGUUCGACACAGAGCCCUACAGUUUGAGCCGGGACAAAACGGUGACCACACUGGCCAAAGACCAUGGAGUGGAAGUCAUAUACAAAAUCUCACACACUCUGUAUGAUAUAGAAAGGAUAAUUGAGGAAAACAAUGGGAAGGCCCCCCUAACUUACACCCGUAUGCAGGCAAUCGUAAAGACCCUCGGCCCCCCAAAAAGACCAAUCUCUGCUCCAACCGUUGAAGAUAUGAAAGAUGUGAAGACCCCUUCUUUUAAAAAGCAUGGGGAGGAAUAUGGGCUCCCUACUCUUGAGGAGCUCGGUCACAACACCUCAGCUCUAUUUGAGGAGAAGUUCCCAGGAGGAGAACAGGAGGCACUGAGGAGUUUAGAUGAACAUAUGCAAAGAACGGGUUGGGUGUGUGGCUUUGAGAAGCCGCAGACUUCUCCAAACUCUCUGAGCCCGAGCACCACUGUUCUCAGUCCACAUGUGACGUUUGGCUGCCUGUCUGCACGCACCUUCUGGUGGAGGCUGACAGACGUUUAUCAGGGGAAGAAGCACUCGGAUCCUCCAGUGUCCCUACAUGGUCAGCUACUGUGGAGAGAGUUCUUCUACACAGCGAGUGUGGGGGUCCCAAACUUUAACAAGAUGGAGGGCAACCCUGUUUGUACACAGGUGGAUUGGGACACAAAUCCAGAAUAUCUUGCUGCAUGGAGAGAGGCUCAGACUGGUUUCCCCUUCAUUGACGCCAUCAUGACUCAGCUAAGGCAGGAGGGCUGGAUCCACCACCUGGCCAGACAUGCUGUUGCUUGUUUUCUCACCAGGGGAGACCUGUGGAUCAACUGGGAAGAGGGGCAGAAGGUGUUUGAGGAGCUUUUACUGGAUGGUGACUGGGCUCUGAACGCUGGAAACUGGCAGUGGCUCUCAGCAAGCACAUUCUUUCACCAGUACUUCAGGGUCUACUCCCCUGUGGCAUUUGGCAAGAAGACGGACAAAAACGGAGACUAUAUCAAAAAGUACCUUCCUCUUCUGAAGAAGUUUCCAGCCGCGUACAUCUAUGAGCCGUGGAAAGCGCCACACAGUGUCCAGCAGGCAGCAGGAUGCAUUGUGGGGAAAGAUUACCCACGUCCUUUAGUAGAGCAUGAAGUGAUCAGCAAGAAGAACAUCCAGAGGAUGAAGUUGGCUUAUGCAAAGAGAUCAGCAGAUUCUGAAUCACCCAGCAAAAAGCAAGGUGUAAAACGCAAGCAGCCAUCAGUCGCCGAUUUGAUGAAGAAAAAAGAGAAAAAAAAGUAAUAUUUGCACAAGUUCAAGCAGAAUAAUGCAACAUAAGACUUGAAAACUGAACACCUCUCUUCACUGAAGUUCUGGCUGGACUGGAAACUAAAGUGUUUUUUAUUCUAAUCUGUACAGGCAGCAGACUGUCGCUUCUUUUCUAUUCAGACUGUCAUUAAAAGCAUUUUCAAUGGCAA